AGGAAGUGGAUACGAGGACACACUUUUGUGAGGGCCGAAACUAACGCGCUGUAUCAAGCAUUGUAGCAAGACUCAACAGGCCCAGCGACGGAUAUAAUCUUAAUACGCGGAUAAACAGGGUUCGUGCAGCAGCUUUGAGAGGGAGGUUUUCUCGAGCUCUUAACAAGGCAGGCUCGCGGCCAUGUCUACAGUAGUGGAUCUGAAAACGAAGGAGGAGAAGGAUGCCGAGCUGGACAGGCGGAUCGAGGCACUUCGGAAGAAGAAUGAGGCUCUGGUCCGGCGAUACCAGGAAAUCGAGGAAGACAAAAAGAAGGCGGAGCAAGAGGGGAUUGCUGUGACAACAGCCCGCAAGCCACGCCCCCACGAUGCAGAGGUCGACCGCAGGAGGAUGGAGAAGGAGAACUUCACUGUCACCGUGGACCUCUCUAAACCGGCGGGGGAGAAGCGUGUCAUCAACGACAGGAAGCCAGCGACGCCCCGUGGCGGCAGAGGGACGGAGGAAGGCGAGGGCCCCAGGCCGCAGGGCGAGAGCCCGCCCAGGAGGGCCGGGUCGGGGCGGCUGAACAGGGCCAUGCCCCGCGGGGGGUCCAGGCAGGACCGGAGGGAGCCCCGUCACGACAGGGCGGAGCCUCGGCCAGACCGGCCACUCUGGGACAGCGAGCCGGGGGAGGGGCCCGGCCGGACCGAACGGGCUCCCCGUGGCGGUCGGAGGGGGAGAGGAGGAGGCGGCGGUGGAGGAGGAGGAGGAGGAGGAGGAGGAGGCGGAGGAGGUGGCGGCGGCGGAGGCGGAGGUGGAGGAGGCGGAGGAGGUGGCGGCGGAGGCGGAGGUGGAGGAAGCGCACCCCAGGGAGGCAUGGGCGACAGGAAGUCCAAGGAGUGGGAGGAGAAGAGGCGCCAGAACAUCGAGAAGAUGAACGAGGAGAUGGAGAAGAUUGCAGAGUACGAGAGGGGUCAAAGGGGAGACGGAGACAAGCACCCGAACCGCAACUUCCUGGACGACCCGCGGCGCUGCGGGCCCAUCCCGGACAUGGACCGCAAGGAGGGCAGCCGCCGGCACGUCCGCAACUGGGGCGGCGUGGACUUCGACAACGUGAAGACGAGCACGGAGAUGGAGAAGGAGUGGAUGUCUCGUCGGCCGGGCUCCAGAGGCUCGAUGGACAUGACCCUGUCCAUGACGGGGCGGGAGCGGGCCGAGUACCUGCGCUGGAAGAAGGAGAGAGAGCAGAUCGACGAGGAGCGGCUGGCCCGCCACCGCAACGCCACCGGCCAGUGGAGGCGCGAGUGGGACGCCCAGAAAACCGAAACCAUGUUCAAGGAGGAGGCGGCGGCUGUGGCCACAGAGGGCACAUCGGACCCGGGCAUCAGGAGGGAUGACAGUAAGAGGCCUCCUAAGGCCCCCACGAUCGGGGACUUCCUGGGACAGGGCAAACCCAAAGAUGGGGGUCGUGGCGGUCGUGGGCGCGGAAGGGGGCGGACCCAGAACAAAAGCUACAGUAUGCACGAUGAUCGCUGGGAGGCUGAGAAGGAGGAUGAAAGCGAGAAGGAGCAGGAGAAGGUGAAGGAGAAGGAGAGCGAGGUAAAGGAGAGGGAGAGCGAGGUAAAGGAGAAGAAGGCCCCUCCCUCCUCUACAGAUAAGGUUGAGGUAGUCGUGGAGACGGCCAGAAGUGGAGGAGCAGCGGAGGACGACGAGGACGAAUGGGAGGACGCCAGUGAAGGCGAGGAGGUAGAGGUGGAUGAAGAGGAGGAGGAGGUGGAAAGUGAGGAGGAGGAGGAUGUGGCAGAGAAGGUGGCCAUGCAGGAAAAGGAGAAGGAGAAGGCAAAGGGCAAGACUACCCCCACAUCCCCAACUGCCUCCCCCUCCCGCCCCCAGGGGGCGACAGAUGGGGCCAAGGAGCAGCGUACCCCUCGGCCAAGGGUGCAUAUACCCUCUCCCCAAAGCGCCCAGGACUCCCCAGAGUCCACCAAGCCUCUCAGCCCCUUCUCGCCCAUGGAGGGGUACCACCCAGUGUCGGACUGGGGUGAGGAGAUGGAGAUGCAGUCCCCGCGGGUCUCCCUGGGGGAAAGCCCCCUGAAGCCCAACAGUGCAGGAGCAGAGGGGAGCCCCGUUGCCCCAAAACCAGGGAGCCCCGUUACCCAAAAACCAGGGAGCCCCGAUGCCCCAGAACCGGGGAGCCCCGUUACCCAAAAACCAGAGAGCCCCGUUGCCCAAAAACCAGGGAGCCCCGAUGCCCCAGAACCGGGAAGCCCUGUUGCCCCAAAACCAGAGAGCCCCGUUGCCCCAAAACCAGGGAGCCCCGUGACCCAAAAACCAGGGAGCCCCAUUACCCAAAAACCAGGGAGCCCCGUUACCCAAAAACCAGGGAGCCCCGAUGCCCCAGAACCGGGAAGCCCCAUUACCCAAAAACCAGGGAGCCCCGAUGCCCCAGAACCGGGAAGCCCCGUUACCCAAAAACCAGGGAGCCCCAUUGCCCAAAAACCAGGGAGCCCCAUCCCAGUGGAGCCCCAUUGCGAGAAGCAGACCCCCAGUCUCCCGGCUGAACAGGGGACAGAGACGAGUGAACAGACAGUCGUAGUCUCUCAGUCCCAGGAGGAGCCUGACAUCUCGGACUCUCAAUGCCAUGAUGCCUCUGCUGUGAUGGAACCAACUGAGCAGGCCCACCACUCCCCAGAGGUGGAGGAGGAACCCGUCCCUACAGGCCAGGUUGCCCUGACCGACUCAGAAGUCAUUGUCUCUCAGUCCCAGGAGGAGCCUGACAUCUCGGACUCUCAAUGCCAUGAUGCUCCUGCUGUGAUAGAACCAACUGAGCAGACCCACCACUCCCCAGAGGUGGAGGAGGAACCCGUCCCUACAGGCCAGGUUGCCCUGACCGACUCAGAAGCAGCUGACGCCCCCGUGCCAUCGACGGACUCGGAUGAGAACCAGAUGCCGGCCGACACAGCGACGGAGAUGGAGGUCCCGGAGCAGCCGUCCUCAGGCUGAGAGGCGGGCGGAGCGCAGUGGUAGCGGUUCACGGGCGCCGUGAAGAGCGGAGAGGAAUCGAGGCUGCGUCACUGAGGACUCGCCAGGGGCUGGCGCGUGCAGGCCAGAGGACGGGGAACCGAGACUCAAGCUUUUAUUACUCUUCAUUGCUUUCCAAAAAAGAAAAAAACAAAGCAGUGCACCCUCUGGAAAUGUAAAUUCCGAAUUUUUUUUUUUUUUUUUGUGCUGGGAAGAUUUACAUUCAGGUCACAGUAUUUCACUGUGAAUUCUGAGGCAACUGACAGAAUUCAGAAUAUAAAUCAUCCCCCCCACCACCACUCUCUUCUGCGUUCCUAAAUUUGUGAAGCACGGAGGGAGAACGGCUCUGUAGGGUGCAGGCCGGACCCUCCACCACCAUCCCCCCUCCCCCCACUGCUGUGACUGAAUUGCCACAAAGAGUGGUGCUCAUCACACCCCGACUCCUGAAUGUUUAUCCCCCCCACACACAAAAUGACACCCUGCUCAACAUCCCACCUCCCUCUCUUUUGAGAGUGGCAAAAAAGGGGCUGUCUCCUGAUUGUUUCAACAGAUUCCAAUUGGCAGGGCUGUGGCCAGGGCGGGGCAGUCCACCCUUUACCUAAAUUGAUUUUUUUUUGUUGUUGCCAGUUCUCUCUCUCUACUGUCACUAUAGCCUGACACCACUGGGUCCACAAGGCCUCCACUCUGCUUCUGACUUUUGUGUGCCUCUUUGUGCUGAGGAAAGAAUCACCUCUUGUCAUAGAUGGGCAACAGCCAUUUGCUACAUCUCCUUGUAUGAUCGCUCUCAGGAGUAGUGGAGAUCAUGUGGGUUCACCCAUAAGUGGUGGGGGAGGGAGGACUGGAGAGGCUAAUGUUCCCGUAAGCGCACCCCCCCCCCCCCCCCCCCCCAACAAUGCCCCAAGUCUAAAGAGACUGAUCAUUUACCAUAACCAAGAGAACACCGCAAAGAUUCGUACCGAGGGCAGCAGAAUACAUACCUCAGUAGACCAGUCUUUUGGUUGGUUUUAGAGUUUUCUUACAUUUAUUUUGCAUGUUAUGAAUAAACAUGGGGUAUGGCAGGGAAAUUAGUUCUUGUAUAACACUGAGGCCAGUGAUAUACAUGUGACAGUACUUUAAAAAGUUUAAUUAAUCAUGAGCUUGAAGAAAUGCAACAUGUAUAAUUUUUUUAAGUGCAACUUACAUUCCAGUGUUUUAAUGUGUGAAAGCAUCUAAAAUGCUACUCUUGUUUGUCAAGCAAUGCAAUGAAAUUUUCAGGGGGGGGCGGGGGUUUCUUCCCCCAUGUGUUGGGGACAGCAAAAACCAUGUGACUUUUGUGAUUGUAUUACAUGCAUUGAAUAGUCCUGCUUCCUUAUUACAGCUGUCUUCCUGCGUGAAAUGUCACCCUUUACCUGACACUUAUCAAUUUUUGGAGUGAAGUGUAAAUUACAUUUCUUCUAAAAGCAUGAACUGAUUAAUGGCUUAAAGUGUCUGUGGA